AUAUGUCCCAAACUGUCGCUUCAGUUUGUUACCUUUUUUCAUAGUUGCCACUUAUGCAACGCAAACAGGAAGGGGGAACAUUCCAACCUAUUUCUUUCCUCGCCAUGCACAAACGCUUUUUUUUUUUCUUUGCGUGUCAUCUGCGAACGGUUAAAAUAGGAGGAAGGGCGCAAGGUUGAGUGUCAGCCGAUUUGGAACAGCAAGGGAGAAAAGAUUAUUUGCGAAAAUAGCAGCUAAAAUACCAGUGAAAAUAACAGCAUAAGUACCAACGUAAAGGGCACUAUACAUGUACGCGUGGCGAACGAGCAGUUGCCAAUACGAAGUAGCUGUCGCGGGGCUACCUCCUAACUGCGGCGCCACCCCCCUUUUCAGUGAUCACAUUCCCGAGCGAGCAAGAUGAACCUAGUGAGCGCCAUUGUGGUGGCUAUAACCAGCUGCCUACUCUUAAUGGGGGUAAGUCAAAGCAAAGGACCCGCCAUUGAAUUGAAGAACAACUACAUAGAAGGCACAAUCAAAGCGAAUCAAAACGUCUUGGCAAAUUGCACCGUGUACCUCGAUUCAGAUAUAUAUAAGAAGCCAAACAAAAAUGGGAAAUUUAUUUUUCCAAACGUAAAGGAAGGAACCUACAACAUGUUUGUUAAUCACCCAUACAUUGAAUUUAGCAAGUACCAAGUGAAUGUAAAAAAAAGCGUCACGAAAAAUAAUGAUAAGGUUUACAUCGUCCAAGCAUAUGAGCAGAUAUCUCCUUUUGAAAAGAGCAACUUGAUGGUCACCAACAUCGUUUUUGAGGCUAAGAAGGUGUAUGAUUUUUUGAUGCCUCAAAAGAAUUUUUAUGUUUUUAAUUUGUUUAAGAGUCCCAUUUUUUUAAUUUUCCUCUUCUUCCUAAUUUUGAUGAGUGUGCUGCCACAGAUGCAGAAAAUCUCCGAGUCCGCCAGUGAGGAGUCCAUCGGCCCGGUUACGUACAAGUCGAGCUUUGUGGAGGCCCUCAAGUGA